GUCACAUGACUGCCAGGAAACUGAAGCCCUCUCUUUCAUUUGAUCAUUCUUUUUAAAAAACCUCUUCUCCUUCACCUCAUUUGUUUGAUCUCUUCGAUUAUCUUUGCUCUUCACUUUGAUUGCUCUGAAAUCUUAGCUCUCCAUCUCUUCAUAAAUCCUUUAUCUUUGAAAUCUUAGCUCUCUAUCUUUCUCGUGCAAAGUACAAAAAACGACAAAAAUGAUUCAGCUACUGUUUACACUGAUAUUCUCUGAGAUGGCAUUGAUAAUGGUGCUUGUGUUCAAGAACCCGUUAAGGAAGUUUGUGUUGAUGGGUCUAGAUCGGGUCAAGCGAGGUCACGGUCCAAUCGUAGUAAAGACUGUAGCAGGAACGGUUUUUGUGGUGUUGAUGUCAAGUGUGUACAGUAUGACGAAGAUCCAGAAGCGUUUGAUCGAUGAGGGUGCUGUUAAUCCAACGGACCAGGUUCUCAUGGCCGGGCACCUUCUCGAGGCAACUCUCAUGGGAUCCUCUCUUUUCCUGGCACUAAUGAUAGACAGACUCCACCAUUACAUCAGAGAACUCCGUAUGCGGCGGAAGAACAUGGAAGCUAUAAAGAAACAAAACAGAGUUCUUGAGGAUGGAAAAGUUGAGGAGAGCAAAACCCUGGAAAAAGAUAUGACCACACUGCAAGCUAAACUUGAGCAGCUAGAGUCAGAACUGGAGGUGAAAACCAAAGAGGCUAAUGCUUCAGAAGCCAAUGCAGAGGCUCUGAGGAAGCAAUCUGAAGGAUUCCUUCUAGAGUAUGACCGCUUACUUGAGGAGAACCAAAACCUACGGAACCAACUGCAAUCUUUGGACUUGAGAUUAUCUCAUUCAGGAACUCCGAUCGUGAGAGCUCGGCUGACUUGACAGCAAUAGCCUGACCUGACUGAUGCAGCUUAGCAAUGGAGACGGUGGAAGUGGAGCCCCGUCCAAUGGUUCGGCCUCUAGUCCAGUCCAUUUUCAGAGGACGAACUUGAAAGUUUAAAAGAAUUAAGCUUCGGUUUGGAGGUAUGAAUAUUUAUAUAUACAUAUGAGCAAACUAUUAUGUGGAGGGUAUGUUUGGCGUUAAUGUAAGAAACAAUGCUUUCAUAAGUUUAGUUUCGGGCCAAUGGGCGGCCGCCGUUUCUUUCUCUCUCAAAACCUGAGGGUUCCAAGUGGCGAAAGGAGGGUGGAUUGGGAGCUUUUGGCCUGACUUGGGAAUGGUUGCUUAGCUAUGAAUUGUAGUGGCCACGUGAUGCCACGUGAGAAUAUGCAUAGAGUGCGGUGUUGAUGAUCUAUGCUAUGUAUAUACAAUACAAUGGAUGGGAUGAUUGGAUUUGGAAAUGGAUAUUCCUAACUUUUUAUUUAA